UUCCUUGACGAGACCAUAUUUCUGGAGGGUCGUGGUCACGAAGGCCAGCGCACAGUCUGCCGCUGUGGCAGUGAAAUUGAAGAACCCAAGUACCGUUGCAGGGACUGUUUCGGCAUGGAAAUGUACUGUCGACAUUGCACUGUUGAGCGCCAUCAAUCCAGUCCACUGCAUGUUAUUGAAGAGUGGAACGGCUCUUUUUUCCAGCGCACACACCUCAAGUCCCUUGGUUUACGUGUGCAACUGGGUCAUCCUCCCAGUGACCACUGUUACAAUCCGCGUCCCUCAACAGGCAAUGACUUCAUCGUUGUUGACAUCAAUGGGAUCCAUGAUGUCGCAUUAGAUUUUUGCGGCUGUCACACUGCCCAACUGCGCUACAAGCAACUAUUACGAGUCCGAUGGUAUCCGGCAACAACGACGGAUCCGCAAACAGCUGCAACGUUCAACGUACUCGAGCACUAUCAACUGCUGUCAUUCGAGUCUAAGAUUUCGGCCUACGAAUUUUAUCACAGCCUAGCCAGGUGCUCCGACAAUACUGGAUUGUCACCCAUCAAGGUAAGUCAUAAAAUUUCAAUUUAA